UUUGUGCGCCUGCGCACUCUGGAAUAAUGAGUCGAUUUGGGUUCUAUUUUAUUUUUCUCUUCUUAUUAUAUAAAAGCCCGAGUUUGAUUCUGUUUUUGUGUUUCGCCAUUUAUGUCUACAUUCAUUACAGAGCGCGAUAAAAAAAAAAGUAAAUUAGAGGGGGGGAAUUAGACGUAUUUGAUAGCUCGUGAUCUCCUCUAAGACAGUGGAUGUAGGCUAGGCUAUUAAUAUCACCAUGGUUUCUUUUCAGUUUCAUAAACACAGGAUCUCCCGUCCUUGUCACUGCAGCUCUGUGUGGCGUCAUUCUGAAGUGAUGGACUGUGCUGUUCCCGUCUCGGAGGUCGUCCCAAAACACAUAGGCUAAUCAAAACACCGGAGCGGGCGGAGGGGUUACGUUACCGAUAAGACCAAGGAGAUGCUUUAUAAGAGACUGGUAGAAACACACUGAUAGACGAUGUCUGGAAACAGCCUGCGUUUAAUGACCACAGAGAAGGAUUCAGCAAAACAUCUGUAAGACGGCAUACAUUUGCUCUGUAGCCUACUUCUGGACAAUUUUGAGUUCUUCUCUGAUGACACUGAUAGACUGUACCAAUGGGUGUCUCACUCUCAGUUUGGCUGUACAGCAGGGCAGACAAAACCCCUUCCUCCUCUUCAUCAGCUUUCCCUCCUCUGGCUGUCCCAACAUCCUCUCGCCUCGCUGUCACUCUGAACUCCUCUCCGGUUGCUCCGAGAGACAGUCGCUCACGCUGGAGCUCAGUCCACUGCUCUCCACACUUCCUGCUGUCUGCCUGCAAACAGGAAGUGACACGUUCACCGGUUGAGAUGAGCAGCGAUGGGGUUAGGGCAGAGAUGGGGGUGAAGAGUGGGCUUCAUGUCUGGGAGGUGCUGUGGAGCCCCAACCACAGAGGGAGUCAUGCCGUCAUGGGCAUUUCCAGGCAGAGCUGCCCUCUGCAGGCCUCAGGGUACAACGUGCUGAUUGGCAUAGACACACAGUCCUGGGGCUGGGAACUCAAAACCAAUCAGCUCUGGCAUGAUGGACAAAGUCUGGGACUUUACCCAGGAAAGAGGAGGGGGUGCCACUCUGAGGCUGUGACACAAUCUUUCACUUCAUCACACACAAAGGUGACACAGACACAUCUCCCCGUCCCUGAGCGCAUCCUACUGGUCCUGGAUGCCGACGCAGGGACUCUGGGAUUUGUUGUUGAUGGCAGCUUCCUCGGCGUAGCUUUCAAAGACCUCCCUCGUGGAGUGGAGCUGUUCCCAGCAGUGAGCAGUGUGAGAGGAGGAGCCAGCAUACGACUACGAUACCUGAACGGUGCCACACGUGAUCCCCCUGCCCUGAUGGCUUUAUGUGGACUGUCAAUUCGGCAGUGUUUAGGGCAACAGAGGCUGAAUCAAAUGGACAAACUGCCUCUAGCCCCUCGUCUCCAGCACUACCUGCUUUCUAGUCAAUAGUGUACACUUAUAUACAUACAAACACAAACAAUAGGAAAGAUUCAGUCAAUCACUGAAGUGUACCAAGAAUGUAUAGAUUUGUAUAUGAAAAAUGAUGUACAUUAUAUAUAUUAAUAUAUAUUAUUAUAGCCAGACAAAUGGAUGUAUUAUCAAUCUUCUUUAUUACAAUAUAAUAUAUAGGCCUACGUAUUUCACUGAAGUUUCAAAGCAUUGUCAGUGAGCUUGGAGAAAUUUUCUUUCUGUUUCUUCCUUUGUGUAUAAAAUAAAUGACUCCCUUUUUGAA